AUGAAGAAGCGGAGAGCGAGAGCAAAAGAGGAACGGAACGAGUUGGGCACGGACAAGGAGUUCCAACCAACAGGCAACGCGGAGCUAGCGCUGCCUCUGCAAGCUCAGGCAGAAGAGGAGGAAACGGCUGCGAGGAGGCUGGACACGCAGCGCGGACGAAUCUCGAUUCCUAAGGGCGCGGAAGGCGAGCGACGGCGACGAGAAUGCAGACAGCAAAGGCGAGGGAAGACCACAACGGGAAUUACCGAGGUUUGGCACAACGGCACAAGAGCACUCCCGUAG